CAUGUUUUGCCUCUACACCCAUUGUAACCAGUACAUCUGCCUGGCUGAGUGGACGUUGACACCAUGAUCAAGUUUAAGGGACGGAGGCAAAGCUUGUUCCCCAACUACAAACUUGGGGUCCCAACCCCUGCUUCCAAGGAUCCUGAUGAUUCUGAGUUUCCCAUUGACCAACAAAACUGGGUGAAACCAUGGAAUUCAAUGCAGGAGCUGAGUGGAGAUAUUUAUGACAUCUAUGCAGAGUAUGAAGAUGAUGAAGAGGAUAAACUGCUAUCCACCUCUAGCAAGCUAUCCUCUCCAACUAAGAAUUACAUGCUCAACAUCAACGUGGGAGGCAAGGUCUACCAGAUAUCUUAUAAUGUAGCUGCAAAAUAUCCCAAGACAAGAAUCGGUCGCCUUGCAACAUAUACUGACCACAGCAGGAAACUUGAUCUCUGUGACGAUUACACGGUGCAGAACAAUGAGUUUUUCUUUGACCGUGACCCAGACAUCUUCCACAACAUAUUUAACUUCUAUAGAACUGGUGUUGUCUGGAUUAAAGAUGAGUUGUGUCCCCGCAAUUUCUUGGAAGAGAUCAACUAUUGGGGCGUUCGCAUCAAGUACACCCAUCGCUGCUGCCGCAUCUCAUUUGAGGAACGUCAAGAUGAACUCAAUGAACAGCUCAAGAUACAAAGGGAGCUGCAAGCAGAGGUGGAAACAGAAGAACAUGAGGACCAGUUCCAAGAUAUGGCUUUUGGUCAUAUUCGUUUCCUUAUUUGGAAUAUGAUGGAAAAGCCCUUCUCAUCUAUAACAGCCAAGCUCAUGGCAGUCGCAUCCAGUUUCUUUGUGCUGGUAUCACUUGUGGCCAUGACUCUUAAUACAGUAGAAGAAAUGCAGUAUACAACUACAACAGGCCAGCUGAGUGGUAAGACCUACUGUGAGUAUGUGGAGACUUUCUGCAUUGAUUUUUUUACUAUGGAAUAUAUGCUUCGACUUGUGUCCACCCCUGAUCUCAAACACUUUGGAAAAAGCAUGCUGAAUGCCGUGGACUUGAUUGCGAUUCUUCCGUUAUAUCUUCAGAUGAUCCUAGAGUGUUUUGAGAAGGAAGAUUAUGGGAAACAUGGCAGUGAUAUUGAGACUGUUGGACGUGUAGGGAAAUUGGGUCAAGUUCUGCGUAUCAUGCGCCUCAUGCGUAUCUUUCGGAUCCUGAAACUGGCACGUCACUCUACUGGACUCCGAGCCUUUGGCUUUACGCUCAGACAAUGUUACCAGCAAGUGGGAUGUCUUUUCCUCUUUAUUGCCAUGGGGAUUUUCACCUUCUCUGCCAUGGUGUAUACCGUAGAGCAUGACGUGCAUCAAACAAACUUCACCAGCAUUCCACAUGCAUGGUGGUGGGCAGCUGUGAGCAUUUCCACUGUGGGCUAUGGCGACAUGUUUCCAGAAACUCACCUGGGCAGGAUUUUUGCAUUUGCUUGCAUCUCAUUUGGCAUUAUUCUUAAUGGAAUGCCGAUAUCCAUCCUAUUCAAUAAAUUCUCAGACUACUAUGCAAAGUUAAAAGCCUAUGAAUACACCUCUACCAUAAAGAAUAGAGGAAAAGUAAGGUUUGUGAAAAGAGCUGCUAAGACAUUUGUAGAACACUUCUAGAAUGUUCUGUCAACCA